AUGUCAAAACCAGUUCCAGCUUUGCAGACGUUGCCAGUGGAGUUACUCUAUGAAAUACAAUCCCAUGCGCUGUCUGAGUCCUUCCCGUAUGCCUGCCGACACCUUUACCUCGUUUUCAAGGCAGCACCUCCUUCCGUCCGAGCUCACUAUCUCAUACAGAGAUACUUAUUGAAUACAACCACGAGCACUCUUGCCCAAGGGCCAAUCACGAAAGCUUUACGCUUCCCGAUCUGCACCCAAGACGUUCUGCAGCGAAUGCUCGAGUUACCAGACUGUCCACCAAUACGCUCGGCUCAGCCUGAGUUGCCUCGGAGGCUCUUUCGCUCGCUUGCACCUCCGACUUGUGAUAAGAAUGGCAGACCAUCUACUGAAUGGACGGAGCACGAUCACCCACUUCCUUUUCUACGAUAUCUUUACAAACAUCCAACUAUCCCAGCACCAAACCCUGACUCCUAUGACGGCUACGCUCUAACAAAGGCAGUAUAUGCUGGUUUUGUUCCCCUUGCCCGAUUCCUGCUGGAGCACGGCGCGUCUCCAGCGUGCAAGAACGGCUUAGCCGCCAUAAUCGCUAUUCGACGUAAAGACCUCGCCCUGCUCAAGAUGCUGGUUGAGAGGGAGGACGCUCUGCGCUCUGGGAAGACGGCGAAAAGACGGAAGCUUGAAGAUAGGAUGCGAACUACCCCAGAGAUGCUGAAGACGGCGGUGAAGUGCGAUGCCAGAGACAUCGUACAGUAUCUCACGGAGAAAGGCUGCGUACCGGACAUGCAGACGCUCAAGUUACUCUCUCGUGGAUGACAAUGUAUUGGGAUGAUUGUCUGAUCCGUGUAUACG